UGUUGGCAUCUUGAAAGUCGUUAGUUAUACAGAAUUUAUUAGAUAGUGCAGUUAUUAUUAAAAUAACUCCGAAAAAUUACUUAAUUAAAUGAUAACUAAAAUUAUAAAUUAAACUAAAUUAAACCUUAAUAAAAGAAAAUUAAUUUAAAUAAUUCUAAAUUUAAAAUUAUAAUAUAAAGCUAAGUACAUAUUUUUCUAAAUUCAUUUUGGAACAAAUCGAUUGUCAUUCUUUUUAAAUUAUUCCAGUUUCGAUUUUGGAAUAAUGUUCAUGCAUUCUUUAAAUGAGUGUUUAGUGAAUAAAAAAGGUGUAUUAAAAAUGAAAUUAUUAUUUCAUUUUGUUGCGUUUCUUGUUUCAAUUCUUUGUUCCAUCGUCGGGUAUAAAAUAUGUACAGUGACAGCUAUUGAGUAUACCCAUCUUACGGCGAUAGAUAAUUUGCAUCGAUUUUGGCUCGGCUACGGUACUAUAUGGAGUUUUAGUUUCCAAACGAUCUUCCUCAGCCUGGCUCUAGCGUACGACGUGUUAGAGUGGCUGAACAAGCACGAGACAUCAAUAGGGACCAAGAUUCGAUACUGGAGGGACAUUGUGUUCACCGCGCUGGUGGUGCCUUUCACAUGCUUCGUAACCGGCAUGUUCUGGUCGGUCUAUACCAUAGACAGGGAAUUGGUGUUCCCCAUGGUCUACGACGCCAUAGUGCCCUGGUGGUUCAAUCACUGCGUCCACACCAACAUAGCUGUGGUGGUGGUGUUGGAGACGCUUCUUCAGCCGAGGAGGAAGCCGGUCAACUUCAAGCUGGAACUGCUCAUUAAUACUUCCGUGUCUGUGCUGUAUGCUGUGGUAUACUACAGCAUAUACUUCUUCGCACACCGCUGGCUGUACGGCGUCUUCGGUGUGAUGACCUGGUGGCAAGUCUGCCUGUUCCAACUCUUCAUCUGGGCGUCAGUCUUCUUUUUCUACUGGAUCCAAUAUCCCAUCAACAGAAUGAUCCACGGAUCUGAACCAGAGAUGGAUGUAAAAGAAGUAGCGAAAGAACAUAAAGAUUAUAAAGAAGAUGAAAGAAUCACAGAGAAGACGAACGGUAUUGUCCAAACUGAGAGUUAUGAAGAUAGGAAUGGUUCAGUUAAAAAUCCAGACUUACUAUCGGCGCCGUUUGCGACUAAAUCUUGGAGUCUCAAAUACAGAUUGAUUCGGGAACAGUUUGAAAAUUCUAGAUUAUAAAAUUUAUAACAGGUAUCAGUUUUGUGCCAAAUUGAUGAAAAAAUUGUACCUAGAUGAAAAGAUACUGAGAAUCGUGAUGGAUAUAUGUAAGCAUCGAUCUGAUAAUAUUAAUAUUUAUAAAACAAAUUAAAUGUAUAUAUAGCAUAUUGUAGCAUUAAAAUUGACAAUGCUAAAUCAAUUUGUUACUGUUGUAAGGCGGAAUCGUAAAUUAAAUGAAAAUAUAAAUUGCAAACAAAAUUGAUAAUUACUGGAACUUAAGAAAAAAAUAAUAGGUAGGUAAGAAUUGAUAUUAUAAUUGAAAAUCAACAAUUUUCUGAUUAUUUUUCUUAUUAACAACUGAGAAAUGAUUGUGGAGCAAUUAAAAUUAUUUGAAGAAAACAACUGAAAAUAAUAAUAAUAAUACUUUAUUUUAUAACAUUUUAUUAUUAUGACAGAUUGAUAACUUCAACCAAGUAAGAAUUUUAUGACCUUCCCACUCGAAAAUAAUUCAUAAAUAAAUGAGAAAAGAACAAUAAAAAAUUACAACGGCGAAAUAAUACUAUUAAUAAUCUUCGUAAAGAAUCGAUAAAAUAAAUAGUGAAUAGUACCGUUGUGGUUAAAAAUGAGGUUAAGAAUUCAUUAACAAUUAUUAGUAGCGUAAGUUAAAAAUGAUGUCAUGUUUUGUCAUUUUAUCAACAUUGGUGAGAAAACGUGUAGAAAUGAUAUAACUUACUUCAAUAUUAAAAUAUAUUAUAUAUUUUGAUUGGUAAAAGUUGGCAUUAAAUAAAUGAAUCAUUUAACUAUUAUAACGUUGAUUUUCAAAUGUAACAUCAAUUUAUCAUCAAACCUUAAUUUUCGAACUAGUAUUUAAAUUUAAAACAUAAUAUUUAAAUUCAAAUAUAACUGUACGCAGUAAUUUUUUAGUACAAAACACUUCUCCAAAUUACUUUUUUUCAAUUUAUUUUGUGUGUUUUCAAUAAACUUAAGGUCCCUUGCCGCUGAAUUCUCAGAAGGGUCAGUGCGACUUUUACUUUAACGCGUCGGGCAAGUUAACGCGAAUUUGUAUGUGUAUUUGAUUAGCACCAUCUAGCGGUGACGCGAUGGGACUAAAGAAAUUCCAUACAAAUUCGUGACGGCCUCUGUGGCGCGGCGGUAGUACGCUUGUCUGUGACACCGGAGGUCCCGGGUUCGAAUCUCGGCAAGUAAGAACCUUACUAUAUAUACUUGGUUGUUGUAUAUAUAUCUAUACUAAUAUUAUAAAGCUGAAGAGUUUGUUUGAACGCGCUUAUCUCAGGAAAUACUGGUUCAGAUAGAAAAAUUCUUUUUGUGUUGAAUAGACCAUUUAUCGAAGAAGGCUUUAGGUUAUAUAACAUCACGCUGCAACUAUUAGGAGCGAAGAAAUAAUAGAAUAUGUGA